ACGACUUAUAACCCUCCUUCACCAUAUAUAUAACGUCUCUAUCUAUUCCCCUCUCUCUCUCUCGCUAAAUCAUAUAGGGCGCACAACAUUUUUUAUCGUCUUACAGUUGUCAAUAGAAUGGGCGUCGAAGACCCUGAAGCUGUCUCUGUUUCCGUGGGCGACCAAUCGUCUAAUUCUCUCCUGAUGAACAGCCGCUGCUGCUUCUGUUUCCCCUGCUUAGGUUCUCGCGGAUCGUCCACCGUCGGUUUAGCCUGGUGGGAGCGAAUACGAUCGUCUAAAGGGCAUCCUAGUGAGGAGGAUAAUAAGCCAAAGUGGUGGAGUAAAGGAGUCAGGGCUUUAAAGAAGAUCCGAGAGUGGUCUGAGAUCGUUGCUGGUCCUAAGUGGAAAACUUUCAUCAGAAGAUUUAAUAGAUGCAACAGAGGGAGUGGUAACGGCCGUCAUAACGGCAAAUUCCAGUAUGAUCCUUUGAGUUACGCUUUGAAUUUUGAUGAAGGACAGAACGGUCACUUUCACGAUGAGGAGAACGAUGAUUACGGCGGGUUUCGUGAUUUCUCAUCUAGGUACGCUUCUGUUUCGGCCUCCGGUAAGCCGCUUUCUAUGGAUGUUUCAUCUCGUGAUAAGGAGAUGGCAGUAAAUGCGUGAAGGAAUAAUUAAUUUCUUUCUUUUUGGUGUGGUUGAAAAAAAUGUGGAAAGGAAAAGGAAAAGGAAAAGUUGCGCCGUGGAAAGCUGGUAUCCGCCGGUAUGCGUUCGACAAUAGCUGGAGUGUUGACUUGAUUACGUAACAUGACGGCGCUGUUUCUUGUUUUAUUUAAUAAUAGUAAUAAUAUAUACAUAUUCAGUAGAUUAUUAAAAUUUAAUAAUAAAGAGUUUUGUUUGGUUAAGAAGCGUGUAAAGAGCUAAAGAGAUGAUGAUGAUGAGGAAUUGAAUUGCGUUGUAGUUAAGGAUAGUAUUAUACAAGUUUGGUUGUAAGUUGUUGUUGGUUGGGUCAUCAAGGGUUAUUUGUAAAUGUUUUGUAGAGCUAGAAUGACAUAUUUGUACAUUUUACUUACUUA